CCUGCGCAGUGCUGCCAACGCCCCGGCGGAGAAGCUGAGGUCAACAUCGAGUUUGAAAUUAAAAGUGGAUACAAAACUAUUUCAGCAAUGCAGACCAUAAAGUGUGUUGUUGUAGGUGAUGGUGCCGUUGGUAAAACAUGUCUCCUGAUAUCCUAUACAACAAACAAAUUUCCAUCCGAAUAUGUACCAACUGUUUUCGACAACUAUGCAGUCACAGUUAUGAUUGGUGGAGAGCCAUAUACUCUCGGACUUUUUGAUACUGCAGGGCAAGAGGAUUAUGACAGAUUACGGCCGCUGAGUUAUCCACAAACAGAUGUUUUUCUAGUCUGUUUUUCAGUGGUCUCUCCAUCCUCAUUUGAAAAUGUGAAGGAAAAGUGGGUACCUGAGAUAACACACCACUGUCCAAAGACUCCUUUCUUGCUUGUUGGAACCCAAAUUGAUCUCAGAGAUGACCCCUCUACUAUUGAGAAACUUGCCAAGAACAAACAGAAGCCUAUCACCCCAGAGACCGCCGAAAAGCUGGCCCGUGACCUGAAAGCUGUCAAGUAUGUGGAGUGUUCUGCACUCACACAGAGAGGUCUGAAGAAUGUGUUUGAUGAGGCUAUCCUAGCUGCCCUCGAGCCUCCGGAAACUCAACCCAAAAGGAAGUGCUGUAUAUUCUAAAGUGUUUUCUCCUUCCCCUCUUUGCUGCUGCUUCCUGUCCCACUACUGUAGAAAGAUCGUUUCAAAACAAAGGAAUAAAAUCAUCCUGUUUGAAA